ACCUAGAAAGUUGCUAGAAUAACUGGAUUUGUGUUAGCAUGUAUUUUUCUGAAGGAUAUGAAGUCUGAAACUCAAUUGUACAGUAUGCCGUUACUUAGAGACUCCAUUACUCAGUCAUUUGCCAGAAAAGCAUGAAUUUUAUAAGGAACAGACCAGAAAUAUAAAGCAAAAAUCUGGACAGUUUAGAGUUAUGAAUUAUGAUUUUAGGACAACGAGUUCUACAAAAUAUUAAUAUUUCACUUAAGACGAAUUGUGAAUACUCAUUCUGUCCAACGGCUAUCAGUCUUAUCGUAAAGAUCCCCAUCCAAAAAUCGCUUCUUAAAGGGGCAUCUUAGUUUUAGCUGUGCUGUGAAACUUCAUAAAACUGUAUUGCACAAGGACAACUUUUCACUUCAACCUAUAUACAAGUUCUGGAGCAUUUACACAGCAAAAAUUAAUUAAAAGAAUAUUAUAUAAGAGUUUGCUAGGAGCUGGCACUAACAUUUUAGGCUGUAAUUGAACGUAUUUCCUCUAGCCACCACCCACUUAAUUACAAAUAAGCGGCACUUGCAAGUACUCACAAAAGGUUUCUACGCGUUUACACUAUUUUUAUAUCUUAUCACAUUUCAAUUUGUAUAAAAUGCAAGCAAACACCGUUUUCAUCUUCGCAGCUAUUCGACAAAUAUAUUACGUACAAUUAUUCACUUAAAUUCCUUAGUUGGUCUGCUGGAAACUGUAGCGAUUGGCCACCAUAGUUCUUAAAUGUCUGUUUUCUGGUUGGCUUCUAACUCACAAGUCCAGCAUUAUGAUUGGUAAGUAUUAUAAUAGUGCUCUGAAGGGUGCAGAUUUCUAUUGGGUAGGCCAGCCUUUUUUUCUGCGCGUGGUGAGUGGUUGUAUCCAAGCGCCCGGUAUCCGGGUACGGCUGCAAUGGCGUCCAUGGGAGAGUGUUCAGCGCCUAUACAGUGGCAAGCUGUAUCUUUGACACACGUUGAAUAUCCUACAGAUGAUCUCACUGGCAAGUUGCUAGCCUGGUUGAGCCUUGGACCUAUCUUCAUUUUAGUGGGCUUUGUUACGCUUAUCGUGUUCAAGAGGGAACUGCACACAAUAUCCUUCUUGGGCGGAUUGUUACUCAAUGAAGGUGUGAACUGGUUUAUCAAAAAUAUCAUCAGGGAGCAAAGACCCUGUGAAGGUAAAUGCACCAAACAAAUAAUGCCCGAUUCCUGGACUUGCUGUGGAGACAUGUUUUAUCUGUCUGUCUUUUGACUGUGGCCUUCCUCAUCUCGUACAGUAGAGUGUAUUUAUUGUACCAUUCCUGGAGCCAAGUGAUAUAUGGUGGAUUAAUAGGGAGCAUCAUGGGAAUAGCCUGGUUUGUCUUCACACAAGAAGUCCUUACUCCGUUGUUUCCGAGAAUAGCAGCAUGGCCUGUUUCAGAGUUUUUCUUGAUCAGAGACACGAGCCUCAUUCCAAAUAUCCUGUGGUUUGAAUAUACAGUAACAAGAGCAGAGUCCAGAAACAGACAACGAAAGAUGGGCACCAAACUGCAGUGAUUUUUGAAGACAGUCAUUUUUAUUCCUAACAGAUGAACACACAGGGAUAUAUGAAAAGACCCAGGCACAAAGAAGAAGUUUCUUUUUAACCAAAAGGACAGCAGUGGCUGAAUGGGAGCUGGCAGGCCAUCGCCUGGCUUGUUGGAGUGUGCACAGCUUGCUGUAGGCUCCCUGAUGCGUGCAAAUUAAUAUCAUAGCUGAACUUCAUACACAGCAGUGGCAGUUAAACACAGGUGUAUGUUGCCUGUACAGUAUACUGUGUGAUUUUGGUGGGAAAGUUAAGAUUUUGGGUAUUGGUGAAGAGCAGAAUUUCUGUUAAAAAAAGGAAACCUGCAUGAAGUCUGCAGAUAAUAGAAUAUUUUAGCUGUAUUUUUUAACAAGAUUGUUUUAAUCUUCCUUGGAUGAUAACAUUCACAGACGUAGGCAAUAUUAUCUGCCAUGUUUCGGUAUUAGAGCAGCUUGGGAGAUUAAAGUGAUCGUGGUUGCACUUUGUAAUGAUAAAAAAUGUAAAGAUUUGCAUUAACACUAGUGAUGUUUGUGAAGUUGUGUGUGCGCGAGGUGUGGGUGUGUGUGCAUGUGUGUGUGUGUGUGUGUGUGUGUGUGUGUGUGUGUGUGUGUGCGCGCGCCUGCAUAUGUGUGAAGAGAAGCAAAGAAAAAAAAGUUUCUAUAGUAUGAUUGUCUGUGUAACAUUGUUUACUUUUGUUAAGGUAACGAAAUGUCCUGUUAGUAAAUUAUUAUGCAUUUCCAGAAAGGUAGCAUCACUGAGCCAGGGAUAUUGCAACCACAGGGCUUACUUGUUUGGUCUUCAUCAGACUGCAUAAUUGUGUAGGCUGUUAUCAACCGUGUAUAUUUUGUUUUCAAAACUAAGGAAAUUAAUUUUUGAAGUGCUUUUUAUUGAUGCAUCAAUAACAAUGAAGAGAAAGCUUUAUAAUGCUACAGUUCCACUGCAAGGGAUUGCAGUUUUAUUGUUGUAUAGUUUCUUUUAAGUGAGUGGUGUGGAAUCUUGAAUUUGUUGAAUCAAAGAUUCACUUUCUUUUACUGACACUGGGGCUUUUAGAAAAUGAGUGUCAGGAAGUUUCAGGGUUGCAGAUUGAGAUUCCACUUGACCAAAUACUGUCACAUUCAGCUUCAUUGUUGAAUUUAGUUGCAGAGACUCUGCAUCUUUUUUUAAUGUACACCCUUAUAUGCAAGGGUACCAUGAUACAUUACCUCCUUGUUUUUUGUUUCACCCCAUUUAGAGGUGUAGCAUUUUGUUCUUAACAAUAUGUCUUUGAACCAUUGCAUGCUUAUGUGGUUCUGUUUUAAAAAGGGCUGUGCUGGUUAAUAAGCUUGAAAUCAGAAAGAGGAAAAAGCAUAGUUAGCAAAAAAAAAAAAAAAGUAAAGAACAUGAGGUUUGUUUUCAAAGAUGGGUUUUCUAAUACACGUGCCUUUCCAGAUAACUCAGUUUUUCCAUAUAGAUGUUGCAUGAGUUCAACUGGCACUUUGCAGGUCAAUCAUGUCUUCAAGAGCUUACACAUAAGGGCACAUUUAAGAGGAUAAAUGUUCAUAUGUGAAACUUCCAGCUUGCUAGAUUUGGGAAAAAAAAUACAAAGGUCAUUUUACCCUUGGCCUUAAACUGCUACAAUACACAAUGUAUGAGUACAGUUUUUUCUUUCAAGUUGGAGAUGGUAUAUUGCUUGUGGGCAUGUGAUUUUAGCUUGUGAUGGCAAAAGUGUUGUUUCAGAAAUGCACCCUAUAUAUGAGAGGUGUGGUACCGUUAGACCAAACACGUGUUAACUCCAGGAAACUCUCAAUUGUACCAUUGCUCAUUUUUUGCAGGAUUACUUAUAUUAUGUGCUGUCUGCAUCCUGAGUGUAGGGGCAUGAUGUGUGAUCAAAUAGCAGACAAGCCUUUGUUUAAAGCCUGUGUCUUUUUUUUUUAUUUGAUGUUCAAGCCUACAUUCUUCAGUGAAGCUCCAUUCCCUACCUGUAUUUUCUUAACAGAUGCCUGUUUGAAGAAGCUGUGGCAGUGUUCAUCAAUGCUUUUACUAAAUCAUUAAGUAUUUAAUAACAUUGGGAGCUACUGUGCAUGGUAGUGCAAUGUCCAAGUACUAUACAUGAAGUCUCUGCUUUUUCUUCAGCUGUUUCACUGACAUGUGACUGCAUUUCCUUGUAUAACGGCUAACUUUAAGCAUUGCAUAAAACUUUCACUGGUUGUAUAACGGAAGUUUAACUUGAAUUUAAACUCCAUUUCUGUUGAUUACCAUCCUUGAAUUCUGUAGAACCAACAGAAUGUAUUUGUGUGCAAAUAACAUCAGUUUAGACUUCCAAUGUCUGGAUUAGAGAGCAGCAGCAUGGCACAAGGUACUGUAAUUGUAACAGGAAUGUGAGCACCAAGUGGAGUCUGUCAAUUCUCGAUUUCAGAAUACUGUCUUCAUAUCAUUCUUUUGUACCCACAUGCUCUGAAUGUAAAGCUUCUAUGUUUAUUUUGAUUUGGAUCCACCAUCAGUUUGUUUUGUAUGAAAAUGAUACAAGUUCAGUCUUGUUCUAACUGAUGUUGCCGACGUUAUGCUUUUCUAUGUUAUAAAUUCAUAAUUAACUGGU